CCACUCCCUCUGCCUCCUGCCUAAGGCCACAGUCCGUGUAGUCGGUGCUUGGCCUCCCCUCCGCCAUGCUCCGCCCGAGCGCGCUGCGGUUGCGGGGUCUGGCGCUGCGGGGCUCCCCUGGACGCCCAAGCUCCACCGGCCGCCGGGAAGGACAGGAAAGCCCACCCUCAGCCCCAGAAUGGAAGGACAAAGCAGAGACGGUGAUCAUUGGAGGCGGCUGUGUGGGCGUGAGUCUGGCUUAUCAUCUGGCCAAAGCAGGGAUGAGAGAUGUGGUCCUACUGGAGAAGUCGGAGCUUACGGCUGGCUCUACCUGGCACGCAGCAGGCUUAACAACUUACUUUCACCCUGGGAUAAACUUGAAGAAAAUACACUAUGACAGCAUCAAACUGUACGAGAAGCUGGAAGAAGAAACUGGACAGGUGGUGGGAUUCCAUCAACCGGGCAGUAUCAGACUUGCUACGACUCCUGUAAGGGUAGAUGAAUUUAAAUAUCAAAUGACCCGGACCAACUGGCAUGCCACUGAACAGUAUAUUAUUGAGCCUGAAAAAAUCCAAGAGAUGUUUCCUUUACUCAACAUGAACAAGAUUUUAGCUGGACUGUAUAACCCAGGAGAUGGUCACAUUGAUCCUUAUUCUCUGACAAUGGCCCUGGCUGCUGGGGCUAGGAAAUACGGGGCCCUUCUGAAGUAUCCUGCACCGGUGACGUCUCUGAAGCCCAUGCCAGAUGGAACAUGGGAUGUGGAAACACCACAAGGGUCUGUGAGAGCAAAGAGAGUUGUGAAUGCUACCGGAUUUUGGGCUCGUGAAGUAGGCAAAAUGAUUGGACUAGAGCAUCCUCUCAUCCCUGUUCAACAUCAAUACGUCGUCACGUCAACCAUACCGGAAGUGAAAGCUUUGAAACGAGAGCUCCCGGUACUCCGCGACCUGGAAGGAUCCUACUACCUCCGACAGGAAAGGGACGGGCUCUUGUUUGGGCCAUAUGAAAGUCAGGAGAAGAUGAAGCUUCAGGCCUCCUGGGUCACUCAUGGAGUCCCUCCAGGCUUUGGAAAAGAACUUUUUGAGUCUGACCUGGACCGGAUCACGGACCACCUAGAAGCAGCCAUGGAGAUGAUUCCUGUUUUGAAAAAGGCGGACAUCAUCAAUAUUGUCAAUGGUCCCAUCACCUACUCUCCCGACAUCCUGCCUAUGGUGGGGCCCCAUCAGGGGGUCAGAAACUACUGGGUGGCCAUAGGUUUUGGCUAUGGCAUAAUCCACGCUGGCGGGGUAGGGAAGUUCCUCAGUGACUGGAUCCUGCACGGAGAACCCCCUUUUGACCUGAUAGAACUGGAUCCCAAUCGCUAUGGCAAAUGGACGACGACCCAGUACACCGAGGCCAAAGCCAGAGAAUCGUACGGGUUCAACAACAUUGUCGGUUAUCCUAAAGAAGAGCGGUUUGCGGGGAGGCCGACCCAGAGGGUCAGUGGGCUCUACAAGAUCCUGCAGUCCAAGUGCUCCAUGGGUUUCCAUGCAGGCUGGGAACAGCCACACUGGUUCUACAAACCUGGCCAGGACACUCAGUAUCGGCCAAGUUUCCGCCGCACAAACUGGUUUGAGCCAGUGGGCUCUGAGUACAAACAGGUUAUGCAAAGAGUUGGUGUAAUUGACCUGUCUCCGUUUGGCAAGUUCAACAUCAAAGGCCAAGAUUCCACCCGACUUCUGGACCAUCUCUUUGCAAAUGUCAUUCCUCAGGUGGGCUUUACAAACAUAAGUCACAUGCUGACACCCAAAGGCCGAGUGUAUGCCGAGUUUACCAUUUCCCACCAGUCCCCGGGCGAGUUCCUGUUAGUUACCGGUUCUGGGUCGGAGCUCCACGAUCUUAGAUGGAUUGAAGAAGCAGCUGUCAGAGGUGGAUAUAAUGUUGAAAUUCAAAACAUAACUGAUGAGCUUGGGGUCCUGGGAGUGGCAGGGCCAUAUGCAAGACGAGUCCUUCAGAAACUGACCUCAGAAGAUCUCAGCAAUGAUGCUUUCAAGUUUCUUCAAACCAAGUCUUUAAAGAUGUCUGACAUUCCUGUCACUGCUAUCAGGAUCUCUUAUACGGGUGAGCUGGGAUGGGAGCUGUACCACCGAAGAGAAGACUCUGCAGCCCUGUAUGAGCUCAUCAUGAAUGCGGGCCAGCAGGAGGGCAUUGACAAUUUUGGAACAUAUGCCCUGAACGCCUUAAGACUGGAGAAAGCUUUCCGAGCGUGGGGCUCAGAGAUGAACUGUGAUACAAACCCCUUGGAAGCUGGACUGGACUAUUUUAUCAAGCUGAAUAAGCCAGCCGACUUCAUAGGCAAGCAAGCCCUGAAGCAGAUUAAAGCCGAGGGCCUGAAACGGAGACUCGUCUUCCUCACCUUGGCAACGGAGGAUGUGGAUCCAGAGGGAAAUGAAAGCAUUUGGUACAAGGGCAAGGUGGUUGGCAACACAACGUCUGGGGGCUACAGCUACAGCAUCCAGAAGAGCCUGGCUUUUGCUUAUGUCCCCACAGAGCUCAGUGAAGUGGGCCAGCAAGUGGAGGUUGAACUGCUGGGUAAAAAUUACCCAGCAACCAUCACACAAGAACCCCUGGUACUCACCGAACCUACCAGAACCAGACUCCAGAAGGAUGGUAGAAAGACAAAACUUGAGAAGAACCCAUUCCCGCCAACUGGGUUGUAGCUAACAGGACCGCUCUGGAGUCCUUCUCCAACCAGGAUAAAGGUUCCCAAGACUUCAUUUCAGAAUCAUCAACAUCUAGACCAACAUCUUAGUAAAAGAUUUUUCUUAAUUGCUUUCUGAACAAUUAAGCGAUUUGCGUCAUCCAAUUCAAAUGAGGAAUUUAACGAACACUUUUUAUUCCCCCAAACUGACGUAUAUGAAACCCAAUCAGAGAAACAUUAGGCGCUUGCUAACAUGAAAUCAUGAUUCUAUUGGAAUCAAAGGACUUCGUGCUUUUAGGAACACAGAAUGUGGCUGAAAGCUGAAAACAAGUGAAUAAAUUACCUUCUACAUAAAAAGAUGCAAUGACAUGGAUGGAUUUGCUUUUUUUGAGAAAUUUUCCCUUAGGUGCAUAAGUGGAAGUUUUAAGUUUUCAUAGCUUGUCUAUGAUGGGAGCAGCUGCCUUUAUUAUCCGGUCGUCGCGGACAUCUUUAUGCAGCUCUCUCAGAUAUUUACCAGUUUCUUAAUGGCUUCCGUGGAAAGCGGCUUUCGGGACAUUGUGAUUUCUCUUCCCGGGCUUGCUUGCGAAGGAUUUGCAGAGAGGAGAGUCUUGUCAAGGCAGCGUGCUUGUAAAUCUCCAGAAGCGAAGCCGAAGACUAAAUAGAUUAUGCCAGCACAAACACAGUUUGAAUACUGAGUGCCUCUCCUGGAGAGAGAAUUAAUGUGAGCCGACAUCACAUGGCGUCCUUCUGAACAGCUUUUCACAAAGCGUUUGACCACGCAGGUCAGCAAAGGCCUAAGAGAUGACAGGAUUACCCUGAGCGCUGUAGAUGGCAAGGGAGAAAAAUUGAGAGGUAGUCCUUUGAUACAUUUUUUAAAAAAAUCAUUAGAGUUUAGCUGAUGGAAUAAAUCAAAAGGAUUUUAAAGGUGGUAGUUAUAUCAUUCAUGAUUAAUUUACACAUAUAUACAUUUGCUCUGUGGUUUUGAACUUUUCCUAGGUACCAAAGAAAACUGGACCUGAAGACUUUUAAGAGUCUGUAAUCAAAACAGACUCUAAAAUGAGUUCUUACCCUGCAAAUUUUGAAAUGACACCAAAUUUACAUUUUUAAAUGCUUUAUCUGAGAAAUUACAUGCUAAAAGUCUCUCCCAGCAUUCCUUUCAGUAUGUCCUCUUACAUAAAGAGGGAACCCUUACUUACAAAUGCUUCUUGAUUAUCAGGAAUUUUAUCCAGGUUUGAGCCCAGUUCCCCAGCGAGGCUGGCAGAAGCCCCCGUGUCAGGGUUGGGAACCUGGCUUCCUAUCCUCUGGCUCCAUUACUGAAUGGCCUCAGGAGAGUUACUCUCUAUUUACGCCAAGGGAACUCACAUUCCUCUUAUUCUGAAGAUACAACAGCGAGAAGCAGUGUGGAAAGCACAGUAUUGAUAGUGAGGAACAGCGGCUCAUGCCUGUCAUCCUAGCUCUUGAAAGCCUGAAACAGGAGGAUUGACUCAAGUUCUAGAAGAUCCUGGGCGACAGAAUAAGACACUGUUUUUUAAAGCCCCCAGCCAAACAACAACAACAGAAACCAAACAAACCACAGCCAACCAAACAAAACAACCAUAUUAAAUUGGAAUGCACAGGACGCAAGCCUCAAAAAGAGGUCGCCUCUUACAUUGUAAGUCCACUAGGAAGUUGCCCAAGUUCCCUCUUCCGUUCAUGUUGUAUCAUUAGGAGUUAGGUCACCCCUGUGCUCCUAUCCCCACCAGUCAGUGGUCUGACCUUGUUCUAGGCAGUCCAUUGCUAACCAAUCGUACACAGCCCAGUUUGCCCUUAGAGAGGCGAGUUAAGCAGAUUUCUCCCCGUGGGAAUUGUGGGUGGUGACUCACAGCGAACAAGCUGGUUAGUAUGGAAAAUUGGGGCUGACAAGAUACACAGCAAAAGAAGCCUUGAAGCCUACAGAGAGAGGCCAAGAGCUCCUGAGAAGUGGCCCCAGAGAGACAGAGACCACAAGAUCCCCAAGCACUCAGCUCCUGAUGGCUAGUCAGCAGCUCUGGGAUGAUACGGUGACCCAAAAGAGCUCAAGAGUGAAGCUGGGCUUGGUAGUUCAGGCCUAUAACCCCAAUUACCUGGAAGCAUGAGGCAGGAGAUUUCCAAGUUCAAGGCCAGCCUGGGCAACUUCAUGAGAUCCUGUCUCAAAAUCAAAAGUAAAAUGGGCCAGGGGUAUUGCAGAGCGGCAGAGGAUUUUCCGACCACUGUGAGGCCCUAGGUUUGAUCCUUGGUAUCAGGGGUAGGGGUGAGGGGUGGAGGGAAAGCCCAAGUGUAACCAGUUCUGGAAUAUGGGUCACAGGCCGAGAGAUUUCUGAGAACUGGGCCUUGGACUGAUGUGAGCUCUGAGCAGCUAACAGCCAGCAUUCUUGAACAGAGGAGAGAGGGCUAGCGAGAUGACUCAGCAGAUAGAGAGACUUGUAGCCAAGUCUGACAACCUGAGGUCAUUCCCUGGGACUUACACAGUGGAAUGGGAGAGCCAACUCCCGUAUGUUGUGCCCUGACCUCUACUCUCUUACCUUGGUACACAUGACUCGCCCUCCCAGUAAUAAAUAAAUAAAUGUAAUAAAUUUGAAAGCACUAGAGAGAGACGUGUGGAAGAGCCGUACAGGAGAACCGUUCUGAAGAAUGGAUAAUGGCUGCACCUAGUGGCACACACCUGCAACCCCAGCACUUGGGGCUGAGGCUGGAAGAUGCGGCAUUCAAGGUCAUCCUGGGCGACAAGAGACCCAGGUGCAGGAGAGGGAAUCUCUCUCUUUCAGGAUACUUACGGAUGUUGCUAUGCUGUUGAUGUUCACGUCCUAAGGAAUUUGCAUCUUUCUUUUCUACUGACAGGGGGAAAUGACAGGAGAAGAACUAUUUUAACACUUCGAAGUCUGCAGUGAAGGGUAUUAAAUAGGUAGGCUAGAUUCUGGAUGUUUGUGGGCCUCCCUUUGUGAACAUUUAAACUGCGCUGAAGGAAGGAACGCUGAGGAGGGUUGGGGAAGAGCAGCCGUGAAAGCGAAGGCCGUUCACAGCACCAGGUUCUGAGAAGGCAGCUGAGUCCAUUCCGCCCUUUGAGGAGCCAGUGCAUGGAAUGGGCUCCUGCCCCAAGUGUUUAUUGUGGCUGUGUUCUUUGAGCUGAAUAGACUUUGGUCUGGGUAAUUUUGGUGUGUGGUGUUUUUUUUAAAUUUAUUUGCAAGUUGUAUUAUUAGAAAAGUAAAAGUUUAUGACGUUUAGAAAAGAAGGGAAGCUAGAGAGCUGGCUUAGUGUUUCCGAGAUCACGUUGCUCUUGCAGGGGACCUGGGUUCAAUUCCCAGCACCCGCAUGGCAGCUCACAGCUAUCCGCAACUCUAGUUCCUGGGGAUCUAAUGCCCACUCUGACACACACGUGGUGCACGUACAUACAGGUCCACAAGCCACUCAAAGUGCAUAAAGUAAAUAAAUAUUAAAAAAAAUUAGUGUAUAUAGUGUUGGGCCAAAAUUAUCUCAGGGCCUGUACCUCGAGGCCAGUAGGACAGAGGAAAACCUGGCUGGAGUUUGAAGGAUAGUCUCAAAGCUACUGAGGGGGGAAUGAAACAGCAAAAUCUAGGUAACUGCCCCAGAGGGAGGGUUUGGUUGUCUCUCAUUGACUGGAGGUGCCCCCACAUCACGCUAUGUCUCUUAACCUAUAUAAGCUGACGCUCACAGUAAUAAACUGAGUUCCUGCUUUGACCUGA